AUGGCGGCUGUAUUGCUGAGGCGGAGGUCGGCGGCGACCCGGCUGGAUGAAGGCAGUUACGGCGCUCGACAGGGGUGGCGGGCAACGGCAUCCGACGGCGACUGUGGCGUCGCUGGCACAGAAGAUGAGACGGACUCCGCAAUUGGUGCUCUCGAGUCAGAAGAAACUGUCAAGGAAAUCCUUGUGAAGGUCGUCUCGGAAUUAGAUGAAAGAGUCAAUACACUGAUGCCGCCUGAAAAUAAAUAUUUAAAUGGAGCGGUUUUGAUGCUGCCGCCGCCGGCGAUUCAAGCCGAACCCGAUCUGCACGGGAAAAACAUUGUUUCUGGUAUCUCGGAAAUAUGUAGCUUUAGAGAGAGCUUUCCAAGUAAUACCAAUGGAGGAGCAAUCGCUAGGGGGGCAGCGGCGGUGGAGAAUAGGCAGACGGCGAUGCAGAUGAGGAAAGUGGCUGCCGUGAGGUGGCGGCGGGAGGGGUGGAGGUUGAUGUCUCCGAUGAGCCGGGGAGAUGGGAAGAGUGAGAUGGUGUGUACUAGAGAACCUCGAAACGACGUCGUGCCAGAGGAAGAAGCCGAAUCGCUUGAGAACCCUAUUGUCUCCUUAGAAUGCUUUAUUUUCUUGUGA